CUGUGGAGCAGCUCAAAAGCUUACUUUGGCUAAAUCUGUAUGUGACUGAAACAUUUACGGAAUGUCUUAUUAGAUAACUGCGUGCUUAUCUGGGUGGUACUGCCCCGUUGGUCGUAUAGGACUGAGGCCCAGGGGUUGAGGUCAAAAACACAAGGUCGAUAUGGUAAUGCAAAUUGCUUUCGAAAUACCUGGUCACCAAGUGUUCAUGUUAUUUCAGAGGAAUUUCAAGAUGAAUGGUUCAGGAGGUUUCUAUGGGAAGAAUUUUGGAUCAAGUAAUUACUCUUCAUCUUCUCUUACGAGGAGGAAAAGUAUGGAUAUCGGAGGCAUUGAUAAUCUUGGACGAAGAUCGACUUCGUCUUCCCGUUACAUGGGAGCAGCUGGUGAGCAUACGGUUAAGCGUUUACGGCUGUCAAGGGCUUUGACAGUACCUGAAACUACGAGCAUUUUUGAGGCAUGCCAUCGAAUGGUUUCUCGUAAAGCUGAUGCUUUGUUGCUAACUGACUCAAAUGCUUUACUUUGUGGGAUAUUAACAGACAGGGACAUAGCAACUAGAGUCAUUGCUCGUGAGCUAAAUCUUCAAGAUACACCUGUAUCCAAUGUUAUGACGAGGAAUCCAGCUUUUGUUCUCUCUAAUACCCCGGCUGUGGAAGCCUUGCAGAAAAUGGUGCAAGGAAAAUUUCGGCAUCUUCCUGUAGUGGAAAAUGGGAAGGUUAUUGCAUUAGUUGAUAUUGCAAAGUGUCUAUAUGAUGCUAUUGCACGCAUGGAAAGGGUGGCUGAGAAGGGAAAAGCCAUAGCAGCUGCUGUUGAGGGAGUAGAGAAACAAUGGGGAACCUCGGCAUCUGGACCAAAUACAUUCAUUGAAACUAUUAGGGAGCGCAUGUUUAAACCCUCUUUAUCUACCAUCGUUGAUGAGAAUUCAAAGGUGGUAACUGUCUCACGAACAGACACAGUGUUAACGGCAACAAAGAAAAUGCUGGAGUGUAAGUUAAAGUCAGCGAUUGUGACAGUAGACAACAACCCAUGCGGAAUCUUAACUUCGAAGGAUAUUUUGAUGCGAGUCAUUGGCCAAAAUCUACCUCCAGAGUCAACUUAUGCAGAGACGGUCAUGACACCCGAUCCAGAAGGUGCAUCAAUAGAUACACCAAUUGUUGUAGCUCUACAAAAGAUGCACGACGGGAAAUUUUUACACCUUCCUGUCAUUGAUCGAGAUGGAAGUGUUGUUACUGUCCUUGAUGUAAUUCACAUCACCCAUGCUGCUGUAGCCACAGUGGAAAAUAGUGGAGUUGGAAAUGAACCUGCAAGCGCUAUAAUGCAAAACUUUUGGGAUUCUACCAUGGCAUCAGGGCCUUUGGAAGAUGAAGAUUCACGAAGUGAGGGAUCCAUGAAACUAACUUCUGAAGAAACUGAUCCGGAUAGUAGAUAUUCUGGAUCCAACCUACCAAACUCCUUUGGCUUCAAGCUUGAAGAUAAGAAGGGUCUGCUUCAUAGGUUCACCUCUGAUACAAGAAGCUUAACGGAUCUUACGACAUGCAUUCUGCAGAGAGUGGGUGAUGACAUCGAUCCGAACCACCUGCCACAAAUUCUGUAUGAAGAUGAAGACCGCGACAAAGUCAUUAUUGCAUCAGAUAGCGACCUUACAACAGCCGUGGAACAUGCUAAAGAAGUUGGUUUGAAGGGUUUAAGGUUGCAUUUAGAUUAUUCAGAAUCAAGUAUGGGAAAGUCUCAAAGUAUGGAGUUUGCAAAUAGGAAUGCAUGGGCUGGCGCAUAUAGCGCGGUAGCAGCCGGAACUGCCGUAGUUGCCAGCAUUGGUAUAUUUGCUUUCUUGAAGAGAUACAAUUCUUGAUCAGUAUCUAAUAUUCUCACUAUUAAAGCUUAGAAGAAAAGAAUUUGGGUCAUGGAAGAAGCAAUACUGGCCCUUGUAAAAUUGGGGAAUAUUUCUUUUUCCAUUUCUAUAUUCAAUUUUAAUUUUCUCUGUUGUUUUGAACCUUGAUUUUGUGCAUACCAAAAUCUUCUUAGGCAUA